AUGGUCGAAAAGGUGAAACGCGAUGGCAAGGUCUUUGGCUUGUGUGGCAUGAAGUCAACAAGAAUUGUCAACCCUUAUGAAAAUUCGCCGACUAUGAACAAGCGUGUGCGGAAUGCGGCCGCGCUCAAGGUCGACGCCCCGCGAAGCUGGGAGGACGCCGAAGGUCAGGUUAGGGAGUGGGAGCAAAUGAGUUGUUUUACUAUGACCGACUCUCUGGACGACGUUACCUGGACCGAGUCUUCAGACUUAUCAGAGCCCAAGACGCAACGCCUCACGAUUCUAUGGGACCUUGAGUCCCCAACAUUCGAGGCCGAGCUGGGUGCGCUUCGCUAUCUGACCAAGAGAGAGCAGGAGCACAAGGAGACAGGUCCAACCACACAGUCACUCAAUACCUUCAAGAUGAUCCUCGAUUUUCAAGGAGCUCAAGUUACGAGAACAAAUCUUAUGCCCAAGCUUCUUCAAAAGUUCGACAGCUUCAACUCUGAUCACCAAAGAGCCUACUCCGCACUAAAGGGUAUCAAGAACCAUCUCUUCUUGAUCAAUGGGUGCCCAGGCUCGGGCAAGACCGAGUGGAAUAUGAUCGUCGCCGCGAUGAUCCAAGCUACUCAGCGCACUGGCAGCUGCCGGCCAGUACCACGCAUACUGUACAUCGUGGACAUCAACAAGACCGUCGAUGAUGCAGCAGCCCGAUAUCACCGACUGUGCCAGGAGGUUGGCGUCAGCUCACUUGCGGUGCGCAUGCAUGGAUGGCCAUCCGAGAUGAGGAGCAGCACCCGACUGAACGUCGACAAAGACAACAACAAGGAGAAAGAAAAAGGCUUCGGUGAUAUUACUAUGAAAUUCCUCGUGACGGGAGAUCUGUCGCGUACUGGCAAACGAAAUACCGAUGCCGUACCAACGCUGGACGAGGCAGCAGUUGUCCUAGGUCUGACGGACAUUGUGUUUACCACACCUGUUCCGGCCGCUGGACAUUUCGCCGAUGUGUUCCGGCCUGAAGUCAUAUUUGUCGACGAAGCUCCUCACGCCAGGGAGUUGACUACACUAAUCACAAUAGCGUACUACUCUCCGCGGGUGUGGAUUUUCACGGGAGAUGUCAAGCAGACCCUUCCGUUCGUCAAGGGCGGUGAAAGACAUGACGCGGCGCGUGAUGGUUUGCAAUUCAACCGAUUUGCAGAGCAGCUCAAGAUGUCGACAAUGGCCCGCGCUGAGCAAGUCGAUGCUCUAGAUGCUCGGCUGCUGGUCAACAAGCGAGCGUACGGCAACCUCCACCUCCUACCAUCGAAGCUGUUUUACGGAGAAGAGAUGAUCUCGGACCACGCACCCGAAGACAUGUACCCCGCGUCGGUAUGGAACCUGAAGGAAUUCCUGCAAGACUUGAACAAUGAGAUGACACAAGAUGUCAGCCAGAAUCGUAUCAUUGCCCGGCUCAAAAUGUCACAACAAUGCACACAAAGAUCUAGCUUCUGGAACCCUGAGCACCAGAGAUGGGUCAUCGAGCUGGUCGAAAAGCUCCUGAACCUCCCGGGGCUCAUGUCCAUCGACUGUCCGGAUCGCCCCGGCACUAUCAUGAUCAUGACGCCGUACUCUGCUGCGGUGAGAAAGUACGAUGCGAUUGUCAGGAAAUGGCCCUUUGAAUGGCAGAAGCGUGUUCAAGUCUUGACAGUGGACAAGGCCCAAGGGAGGCAGGCAGACGUGGUGGUCCUGGACAUGGUCAGAACAGAUAGGCCUGGCUUCAUGACAAGCGAGCAUCGGCUCAACGUCGCCAUCACCCGCGCUCGACAGGCGGAGAUCGUUGUCAUGCAUCCAGCCAUGGCCAUGGGCCGUCGGACCGCAUUGACAAGGCUUUGGGAUUGUGUCAAGGCAGGAAACAGGGUUUUCGAGAUAUGA